CAUGUCGAUGUUUCUUAGCAAAUAAUCUGAGUUCAUAUUAGCUGGCUUCCAUUCAACGUAGAUACAUUCAUUGAUUUCAAACCACAACCAAGUAGACUUUUCCAUUUUUAUGAAAGAUCACGUGAGAUUAUUAAUUAAGGUUAACCACUCAGGGACCAGUAUCAGUGGAUUUAAAAAUUAUUUGCGUUACACUACGUUAUCAGUAAGCGCGAUUGCAGAGGACCCGGACAAGUGAAACGCUGUGUUACACUAACUUUGCGGAGUAUAUCCUAAAAAUGCUGGACUCUGUGUUGUUGUUCAGGUUACUAGCGGUGCUGACGUCACACUCUUUGCUGACGUGUGACGGGUUCCCCUCUCAUGCGCCUAUCACAGUUUGUGAAAAUCUCACGCCGUUCCAUAGGACUCCAAAUAUGCAGCCUAUUUCGAGUCAGCCGCCCAACACAAGUCCAUAUUCGAUCCACGUGAGCAGCGAAAACUAUACACGUGACGCCAUGAUAACUGUCACGGUUAAUGGCACCAAGGCUAUUAAGGGGUUCAUCAUCCAAGCCCGUGCUGUGGGGGAUGCCAGACCAGUUGGCACCUUUCAGGGGCCUCUGUCUGCGGACCAAACCUUCUUGUGGUGUUCCGGUGGAGAAGAACAGGUAUCCUUGAAAUAGAAACG